ACGUUGCCAUCCUGAGGCCUGCAUCACCUGAUCCACGAAACUGUGACCCCGCCGCGUACUCAAGCAACCUUUAAGCCGUCGUCAUCCCCAGUACCAAAUCAUCAGUCUGGAACUCGUAACAUAAUUCUCGGUAGCUCGUAGUCCCUCGUUUAUAAAUCACCAGCUUCCGCGAAGCAUACUCGACACGAACCUUCCACCUAUUUCACUUACUACUCCAACAUCUCAACUUGGCAAUCAUGGUUGCUCACGGCGCUGAUCACGACUCUAUGGACAUGAGCGGCAUGGACGGCAUGAACGGUAUGGACGGAAUGGAUAUGGGAGCAGGAGGCAUGGCAAUGGCCUUCUUCCAGUCCAGCACCACCUCCUUAUGGUCCAAAGCAUGGACUCCAGCAAACGCCGGCCAAUAUGCCGGAACAUGCAUCUUCCUCAUCUUCCUCGCCGUUGCACUUCGCGCCAUCUUCACAGCCAAGACCCUCCUCGAAGCCAAGGCAGUACAAACCGCUGUGAAGCGACGAUACAUCACCGUUGCAGGCGAGAAAGCGAUCGGCGACAGCGAUGCGAGCUCAACUACCGGCAUACUCACGACAAACGGCAUACAAGAGAACGUACGGAUUGUCUCGGCUCCAGUGUCUCACAUCCAGCCCUGGAGAUUUGGCACUGAUCUGCCGCGGGCAGUCUUGGUGAUGAUCGCAGCAGGCGUUGGAUAUCUCCUCAUGUUGGCUGUCAUGACAUACAACAUUGGAUAUUUCAUGUCAGUUUUGGCUGGCACAUUCAUCGGCGAGGUGGCCUUUGGCAGAUUCAACCAGGCCACGAUGCAUUGAGGGAUUGUGAGGCUCGCAAUCAUGUGUAAAUCUCCGCACGCCGCCACACUUUCAGUCCUAGUGCUUACCUAUUCUAAUAUUCAUAUUCAUAUCAAAUCCCAUUUUUGUGAGCAGUUGCGCAUCACCACAUGGUAGCCCCA